CACUUGUCACCAUGGUUGACAUCCGUAGUGGGAAGAGUACUAGCCCCUAUACUGCGGUUCAAUAGGAGCAGAUGGCCGCCCUAGUGAGAGAGAAUAGGGAAAAGAAAGAGCUCCUGAAGCAGGCGAAGCUAAAGGCGAUCGCAGAGGAGCAGGCAACGAAAAGGAAGAAGCUGGAGGAGAAGAUGAUGAGGAUCCAGCAGGAGGAGGAAGAAAAAAGAAAGGCUGUUGAAGAAGAAGAAGCAGCAGAAGUAGAAGAAGAAGAGCGCCUUGAGAGAAGACGCAGGGAAGAAAGAGGGGAGAGCAGUAACAUGAAGGAGGAAGACGCAAAGAUGGAGAAAAAGAUUAGUGAGUGGGUGGCAAAUUUGUCUUUGGGAGAAGAUGAGGAGGCGCAACUGUAUGUGCCACAGGAGGAGAAGGAGGCGUUUGCCAGGGCUUUGGAAAUGAUAGAUGACCCCCUAGAAUGUCAAGAGACAGAAGAUGAGAAAAAGUUGGAGUGGAAGCUGCGCAUGAAGAAGGAGAAGAAGAGAAGGAGGGAGGAAGCUGCCCGAUUGGCUGCAGAGGUGGAGAAAGUACGAGGGUGCAGGCAAGAAUUGCAGGCACAAGCAGAGGUCCCUGCCAAGUUAGAUAAGAUUGUAGGGUACCUGGAGGUGCUAAGUGAGGCUUGGCUGGAGGAACGUCAAAGCAACAGGGGGCACGAUGUGGCCCUGCAGGCCAUGCGGGCUGGCUUUAGAGAGUUUGCGCGUGACGUGGUGACCCACGUUGGGGCCGAAGUGAAAGGAUUAAAAGAGUGCGUAAGGAAGUUUUGUGAGGGCGCCAUUGAGGGGGCCAAGGUAGUGGCCACCACUGAGAGUGAGUCCAGACCCCGCAGGGAACCAGUCAAGCUGAAGUUCCCAGAUGCAUACGGUGGGAAGUCGGAGGAGAACUUUGAUAAUUGGGAGGCUAGUGUGAACACCUAUAUACACCUACAGUUGAUUGCACAGGACGAUCAGGUCCUGGUGGCCUUCUAGGCCCUCAAAGACGAGGCGGCUAGUUUCGCUACGUCCCUCGUGCGUGCGGCCGGUUGUGAAAACAACAUGGUCGUUUAUUCCAAAGUCACCCCCCUCUCUCAAUUCCUCAAGCUCCUAAGGGAGCGAGUUGCUGAUCUGAGAAGAGGCGUCAUAGCCUCUGAUAAGCUCCAAACCAUCCACUCGCGGCAGUGGAAGAGUGCAAGGGCACUCAAAGCUGUUAUGGACGACCUGGUGGCCGUCACGGACCAUGGGGUUACUGAGCCCCAACUAGU